CGGACUUGCCACGCAGAUGCGUUGGCCCUCACCAACUAGUUGCUAAUCUCCUUUGCAGCCAGUUUGCAGCUUCCUUUCAACGUCUUGCUACACGAAUCUUGCGUACAAAAGUACAGCUGAACCUCGAAUUGCGCGACUCUUUGAAGGCCUUGUACUUUUUCACGUCACCUCAAUGACUUGGUUGAACAAUACGUUCCGAUGCAUCGUCCCAGCAUUCAUAGCAUCCGAAAAUCCCAGCUCGCAUGAAUCGACUGCUGAAACUCAGGACGCCCAGCACAGCAGUGAUAUAUCAGAGUCGCUGCCACACAACGAUGACGAGGGUCAAUCGCGAAUCGAGAUCGGCGAGGCCUCUGCUAGAAAUGGGAUAUCGGAAACUGUCGCCAAAGAUGUGGAUGAAUCGCACGCGAUGGAUUCUCAGCCGCUUCAUGCGAUGAACAGAGGCACGCCGGAGGAGGACGAACAAAGAAGAAACGACGAUAGGGACAAGUUGAAGCGGGCGACGCGGGCAAAAAAGAAGGCGGAGAGAGAAAGAGACGAAGCGUUACGAGAAUUGUCACGCUCUCAGGCCGACAUGACCCUUCAAGCAUCCGAAAUAUCUGCGCUUCGUAACCUCAUCAGAAACCUGCAGCAUACUCAGUUGGAAGACGCGACGGAGAUAGAGCAGCUGUGCCAGCGUAAUAAGGUCCUAGAACAAGAACUUCAGAACGUUGGUAUGAAGCUUCUUCACGAGCAGGAACAACGCCAAGUGGAACGACGACUACUCGCGACGCGGGCACAGGAGCUUCACGACACGGAAACCUUCUUGACGAAAGCUGAUCUGUUCUCUGGCGCGGAAGUGAAGGUAAUGGUUCAGGGACUUAAUACCGAGAUUUUACAAUUGGCUGCCAACAUGGUAGACACGUUGCAAUUCGAAGACAAUGCUAUGACGGUAGAUGGAGAUCAGGCGCCGACGGAGCAACGUCUCGCCAUUGGCGGUCGUAUGAUGCAGCUGUUACAGACUCGAGGGGACCCGGAUACGCAUGCCAUGGUUGUCCAGGCCGCUCUGCAGGGCUGGUCUAAGCACUCUCCCACGGACGAUAGUUUGCAUGAUUUAUAUUGUGAUAUUCGAAAAAGGUACGCGGACAACCCUGCUGUAGCAGGUAGAUGGAGAUCAAUGACUCGCGAGAAAAGCAAGUACAGCAUGGUAUCAGAAAUAGAAGAAGAUUUCUAUUCUCGCGUUGUUGAGGUCGUGUUGAAUGUGUUGCUCGUCGCCGGGUGGUCGCCUGCAGACUCCAAGGGAACUCUCACACAGACUUUUGGCAAACGUGUUUCGGCGAUUGUGAAGGCGGCGAUGAAACUGGAUCGGGCUAUGGGUGAGGGUAUCACGUCUCAAGAUCUGGUGGUGUAUGGUGCACGCUUCGAUGAUCGUUUUGACUCUGACACGAUGGUCGAUGCAUAUGGAAACCAGAAAGAGGACGGCGAAUCCGUGGCGUGUACCUGUGAACUUGGGCUUAAAGUCUCCGGUGGGAGCAAUAUCUUGUCGAAGACUGGUGUCGUGCUGUACUCUGCAUUUUUAGCGUAAUGACUAAGAAUAGUCUGUUCCCGGAUAUGACAUCGUGUACCUUAGUUUCGAACUAUAGAUCUUUCUCGCGGUUCUAAUACAUUCC